AUCAAAGGAGUCGAUCGUCGCCUGACGCAAGGUGUGCUAAAACGAAUCAUUCCAGCAGUAGCUUCUACAAACGCUGUGAUAGCUGCUGCAUGUGCAUUGGAAGCGCUAAAGCUGGCCACAAACAUUGCCAAGCCCAUCGAUAAUUAUCUGAAUUUCACGGAUAUUAAUGGAGUAUAUUGUGGUGUUGUACACUUGGAGAAAGAUCCAGACUGCCCAACGUGUAGUGGAGGCUACGUUCAAAUGCAAUGCAAGGAGGAUGACACUCUACAAGAUCUCAUUGACAAACUUGUACUCAAAUUUCAUCUGAAGAAUCCCUCAAUUGAGACUGGAAAAGAAAAAUUGUAUAUGAUUAGUGAACUAAUUCCUGAGCUAAAAGAAAGAAGCGUUUUGAAUCUGUUGCGGCCACUCAAAGAGCUACUGUCACCUGGAGAAGACCUGUUGGUUGCUGACGAAGUGUUAUCGAAGUAUAUCUCUGCAGCUUUUCUGGCAAACCAUUUAACAAAAUGUCGACCUGAACCUAGACCCGACAGGAAGCUGUUGGAAAGGCCAACCAGAGCUGUCAUAGAAAAGCAAUUAGAACCAUCAAAUGAUGGAAGUCCACGGCAAUUGAAACAAUUACCAAUUCGUCCACCGAUAAUGCCUCCUUUACCUGAGCAAUUGAGUGAAUCAGAGAAAGGCUCGGUCAUUUGUCCUGUCCCUCGCUGUGGAGGACGAUUCACAAAUCAUGACAGCCUCUCCUAUCACUGUAUGAUUGAACAUUCGGAACUAGGAGCAGCAGGAACCCCUCAGGACUUUGCAAUACGGCAGUAUCGGUUCGAAACCAAGGAGGAGUACAAGGAAUGGUUGUACGAACGCUGUGAGGAGACUUGUACCUCAUUUUCCACCAAAACGUCAAUGUGGUCAGGUUAUGCGAUGUAUCGUUGCAAUCGAGCUGGCACCUUCAAAACUUCAGGAACUAUCCGCAGUGGUUGUACGUCGAAAAAGACGCAGUCACAUUGUUCCGCCUUCCUUAGGACGAGCGAGUAUACCGACGGAAGUGUAGAUGUGACUUGUUGUUUUGGCCACAUUUUUCACGAACUAGAUCCAACUGCUUUAAGGUUAAAUGAGCGGCAAUGUGGGGUGCUCCGAAAAGCUAUCGAGGAACAGAAAUGUCUUACUGAAAUUAGUGCUCAAAUGAGAGCUGAAUAUCCGCCUACAAAUCGUCUCCAUUAUACUACGUCGAACGAUAUACGGAAUCUUGCACUUCGAAUCGGUCUGCCUGUACACUUAAAAAUGAAAAAACCUGGUAAUACGGCUCCCGAAGGGAAUGCUGAAGAAGUAGAAGACCAAGAGAAUGUCGAAGACGAUGUUGUAUCUGAAGAUGCUCUGUCCGAAAGCAAUUCAUCGGAGCAUACGGAUUCGGACAUUGAUGAGGAUGAGCUAAUGAUGGAGCCCGAAGAGCAAGAGGAAGAGCAAGAGCAAGAUCAGCAAGGGCAGGAGGAACAUGAAACUCCAUUUUUUGGUGGGCAGACUGAAGAGGGUAAGAGGUCAUCGUCCCCUUCACCGGCUCCAGUUUCCUAUUCUGGUGAAGAUUCCGAUAGCCGUCCUAUGAGACUGAGACGAACUCCUCGACGAUUUACCAACGAGUAG